AUGGAAGAAGAUUCAGAUAAUGGAAAUCCUUCACUUGAUGUUAUUAAUAUGGAUGGUGGUUCAAGAUAUAAUAUUGAGCUUUUGAGCAAUGGUUAUAAUGGGUUUGUAAUUGAAAAGAAAGUAAACUUUAAUUCAUUUACAAAUGAUCGUAGUAAUAAUAAAAAUGCAUUCUUAUUAAAUGGAUUGGUAAUAAUUAAUAAAUUAAGUGAAUCAGUUUUCCAUGGAACAGUUUCAAUGGAAAUGAAUAGAAUAAUUUUAAAUUAUUACAAUACAUAUGGCUAUAUUGGAGGUUCAGGUAGUGCUGAUGUUAUUAUUAAAGAGAAUACAGAUUAUAAUCCAGAUGGUUCUUUUGAAAUUUUACCAAGUCAAUUUCCAAGAAGUGUAUUAUUAGUAUUUGAAGUAAAUUAUAAAUCACAAAGUAAAAAAGAAGCGUUCAAUAAAUGUAGAUGUUUUUUUGGCAAUAGUUCUAUAAACAUUGUUAUUUUACUUCACCUUUAUUCUUUAGGUGUUGGUCAGAACUCUGCUGUUCUUUUUGAUCGUACUUUUAGUAUUGUAGAUCCAUUAAAAAUAAUUUCUUUUGGUUCUCAAAGAUUCACUGAGAUUGAUAUCAGAAAAUAUAUAAACUUAUCAAAUAAUAAUACACCAAUUACAGGUUCAUUAUUUAAUAAUGAUAAUGUAAAUAAUACACCAAAUAACCCAAUCUACACCAUUACCAUCCAACCAAACUCAUUAUUUUUUCAAAAUUCAUCAUUUCCAAAUAAUCUUCCUGCAUUAGCUAUUGACCUUUUUACAAUCAAACAAAAAAUUUAUUCAAUUCCAUUUCAAUAUUUAAAUUAA